CGAGACGGUUUGAGGCAUGGAGAAAAGCUCUUGGUUUUGGAGAAAACUUUGUACCAUCAAAUAAGCGCAUAUGCGAACUGCAUUUCGUUUCUGGUGAUGAUCAAUCAAACUAUUAAUUCUAAACAUUAAUUACAAUAAACACUGUUUUUAGGUAAACCUGCUAAAUUAAUCGAUAUACAUAAUGAAGACUGGAUACCGACGCUUAAUCUGCAUAAUCAAAAUGCUUAUGAAUCAAAUCCUCAAGGAACAUGUAACGGCAGCGCAUCAACAUCAAAGGUCGAUCAAGCUGGAAUCGUGCAUGGCCAAAAUGGAUCUCAACGUAAACGUAGUACAUCACCCUCAUCAUGCUUCCCAUCACGGUCCACGUCAGGAUCUUCGCCAACCGCGUCCCGCUGCUCACCAAGCUCUACGUCACCCUCAUCACGUUGUUCGCCACGGUCCUCAUCAUCAUCCUCGCCAUCAUCUCAACGUUGCUCCUCAAGCUCCCCGUCACGAUCCCCAUCACGGUCCACGUCAGGAUCCUCGCCAAUCGCAUCCCGCUGCUCACCAAGAUCUACGUCACCCUCAUCACGUUGCUCGUCACGGUCCUCAUCACCAUCCUCGCCACCAUCACCACGUUGCCCCUCACGCUCCCCAUCACGAUCCACGUCAGGAUCCUCGCCAAUCGCAUCCCGCUGCUCACCAAGCUCUACGUCACUCUCAUCACGUUGCUCGUCACGGUCCUCAUCACCAUCCUCGCCAACAUCACCACGUUGCCCGUCACGAUCCCCAUCACGAUCCCCAUCACGGUCCACGUCAGGAUCCUCGCCAAUCGCAUCCCGCUGCUCAUCAAGCUCUACGUCACCCUCAUCACGUUGCUCGUCACGGUCCUCAUCACCAUCCUCGCCACCAUCACCACGUUGCCCCUCACGCUCCCCAUCACGAUCCACGUCAGGAUCCUCGCCAAUCGCAUCCCGCUGCUCAUCAAGCUCUACGUCACCCUCAUCACGUUGCUCGUCACGGUCCUCAUCACCAUCCUCGCCACCAUCACCACGUUGACCCUCACGCUCCCCAUCACGGUCCUUGCCCCGAUCCCCGUCACAAUUCUCAUCUCCCUCGUUACGCUCCCCUUCACGAUCCUCGUCACCAUCGUCGCUAUCAUCAAAUCGCUACAUUUUUUCCAGUGAAGAAAGACCCUCAAAAUGUAAUACUACUCAAUCCCGGAGCAGAUCAUUGGUCUCAUCAUCAUCAACGGUUCGUUGUAGCCAAAAACCGAUUCGGCGGUCCAUUAGCCGAUCUGUAGCACCAACAACAAAAUCAGACCACAGCAAGAAGCGGUAUUCAGAUUCAAGUAUCAUACGAAAACGAAAACAAUCCUCUGAAUCCAGUACCUCCACAUUCGAAACAAACAAAUCGUUAAAAUCGUCUCAAUUACAGAAU